GCUACUGCCUUCAGCGACAGUAAGGCUCAAGACUGCCCGCCAAAAUCCAAGUCAACGCUGCCGCCGCUAGUCAGAUGGUGAACAUUCCAAAGACACGACGAACCUACUGCAAGGGUAAGCAGUGCAGGAAGCACACCCCUCACAAGGUCACGCAGUACAAGAAGGGAAAGGACUCGUUGGCUGCGCAGGGAAAGCGUCGGUAUGACCGCAAGCAGUCCGGUUACGGUGGUCAGACGAAGCCCGUCUUCCACAAGAAGGCGAAGACGACGAAGAAGGUUGUGCUGCGACUAGAAUGUACCGUCUGCAAGUACAAGAUGCAGCUUUCGCUCAAGCGCUGCAAGCACUUCGAGCUCGGUGGUGAGAAGAAGACCAAGGGUGCUGCGCUCCAGUUCUGAUUGUGGACGCUCCCUUUCCUUCUUCUCUUGCUUUCAUUUGUGUUAUUCUCGUUGUCGCCUAUGUUUCGCCGAGCUCCAUGUGAUAUGCACACCCAUCAUG